AUGGGAUCCUUGGUAAAUUUGACAAAUAUCUCGCAGCGCCAUGUUGUCUGCAAAGUCGCCAUUGUUGGCGGAGGCAUAGGGGGACUCGCGGCUGCUAUUGCGUUGCGCAAAGCUGGGCACGAAGUACAUGUUUACGAACAGUCAGCGUUCCUGAGCGAAGUUGGUGCUGCGAUUCAUAUCACGCCGAACGCAAACAGCGUCCUUCACCACCUUGGAAUUGACCAUGAGAACGGUGGGGGAAGCUGUCUAGGUAUGGUUCGAUUCUACAAGCAUACCGGAGAACUGCUGAAGAGCAUAUCGGUAACGGAGCAGAGACAUCGCUGGCAGAAGCCAUGGCUCCAAACCUAUCGGGUCGAUUUGCACCGCCAUCUCAAGGAGACGGCCAUUUCGAAUCAUGAUGUGGGCAUGCCCGUUCAGUUGCACACUUCGUCUCGAACAGUGUCUGUCGAUGCUCACCAGGCAACGGUGACACUUGACGACGGCAACUCCAUUGAAGCUGAUGUGAUAAUUGGCGCAGAUGGGGUCCGAUCUGUUGCUCGCUUAUCAGUAUGUGAAGAGAGGAAAUAUAUCGCGGAUGCGCCCACACAGAAUGCUUUCCGUUUCAUGAUCUCCAUUGCGAAGAUCCAAGACGAUCCAGCUACAGCGUCUUUCCUGGAUACUGUAGACUCUAUGGACAUGUACUAUGCGGAUGACCGCAAAGUGGUCAUGUACCUCUGUGAACACGGCACUUCGCUCAACUUCGUUUGCUGCCACCCUGCAUCGCUUAGUGGUAAGAGUUUUUCUCAAGGCUAUGACCACAAAGCUGCCAAGGCGUCUUUGCUAGACGUCUACCAAAGUUUCUCGCCCGACCUUUUAGCUGUUAUGGCUAAGGUAUCCGAUGAGGACGUGAGAAUCUAUCCGCUGUUGGACAUGGACACCCUUCCUGCUUUUGCAAAUGACCGACUGGCCGUGAUUGGAGAUGCUGCACACCCCUUCACGCCACAUCUAGCUCAAGGAGCCGCCCAAGCCAUCGAAGAUGCGGCGGCUCUCGGCGUAAUGUUGUCUUACCUAGACUCCAAGGACGCCAUACCGGAACGACUACGGUUGUUCAAUAAAGCGCGAUAUACAAGAGCGACUCUGAUCCAGGAUAUGAGCCGCGUAACGGUUCAUGAUUAUCUCACAUACGGUUUCAGCCACGACGAAGUGCAUAACUCAACUCAGAUCCUCCGAGAAUACAUGUGGGCCAAGGCCCCGAGGCUCUAUUGGCGACAGCCACUUGGAUUCGGGCCAAUGGAUAGUCCUAGACAAGAUGCUCUCUCUUGUCCUCGCCCCGACGGAUUAUCUGACGCGGUGUCGACGACUGCCACGGUUCGAUUUCGCACAAGCGCGACUCUAUUGCGAAAUAUGUUUCCUUCUACUGCGUACAGCUUCGCUAAAACUGACACGGUUGCUGAGGCAAGCUUUACAUUUCAGUCCAUCCAAAACUUGAGCUGGCUUGGAGGUAAAGGAUACGAGCUGGUCAUGUUCCAAAUUCACGGGGUGCAGCACCGUAGUAAAGACGGCAGCGUUCACCAGGGGACUUACAUUCCCAUUGUUCUGGAAAAUCUGGCCGAUCCAAUCAUAUCUGGUCGCGAAGACCUUGGUUGGCCAAAAUUGUAUUCCGAAAUCAAGUUCAAGAACGAUACCAGUGCUGGGGGCAACUUGGAUGUUGAGCUUUCUUGGGGUGGUGUGAAAUGGGCCUUCUUCUCCUGGGGCCGGUUGGACGCAAAUGAUGCGUCACGCUUUGGUUCCUCCGGCGAGGAUGCGUUGUUCGUACACAAGUACAUACCAGCAACCACUGGCUCCCCUUGCAGAGGAGCGGCUGACGCAGAUUAUGACGUCUUGUUUUAUUCGAGCAAGCCCAAGAUUUUGAUGAGCCAGGAGGCGUCAGCUGCCGGCUUUCAAAUUCUAGAGCGGACAAAUAAGCAGCUCCCUACUUUACACCAUGUGGUCAACCGAUUAUCAGAGCUACCAAUAUUAAGUAUUGUCGAAGCAUCUGUGAAGAAAGUGCUCGGACAGGACCAGUUCAUGGGAGCAAAAAAGCUCGACUAA